AUGUCUUCAAGACCUGAUUCUGCGGCCACACGCCCGCGCUCUCGCCGCUCCAUUGCCCAUGUGCCGCGAUCAAAGAUAACAUCUGGACUGGAUAAAGAGAAUGCGACAACAGACAUCGGGGCGGUGCCACCAUUCGGGGCUAAUAGCAAAUCUAUCACACGAGACAAAAAAUCACGGAGUAAAAGUUUAGGUCCUGGCGGUCUUGACGCUCUGCAAAAUACAAAUGGGAACCGUCGCCAGUCAACAGCAUCUUUCCCCUUGAAGUCGAUUCUGAAGCCGACUGUUCCUGUCUCGCCAGUGCGCAAGAUCCCGUCCUUCGAAGAAACCCGGCGUCGCACACCAGCUCGAGAUGCGCCCAACCAGCAAGUCAACUCUAAUACCGAAAACCAAGAAGGUCUCUUGAUCGAUUUCGCUACCCCGCCUCAGCCUCCUGUCCUAGACCCUGAGGACACCUCCAAUCCGUUUGACACCUUUAAUGCGACAUCGGCCAUCCGUGAUGAAAUGGCUGCGACCAAAGAACGCGACGAGAAGGAACGCAAGGACCGUGAACGCCAAAAUAUCUUGGAAAAACGAGAGGCACGGAGGAAGUCCAUGGCCAAUCGCCGUGUAUCGUUCGCCCCCGAGGCCACACUUCAUACCUGGAACGUUGUUGAGAUCCCCGACGACUCCACCUCAUCAUCUGCCGCAAAUACAACUAGGCGCGCUUCCUCGACAGCCGGCGCUCAAGAACAGCAACCUCAGCCUUCUCCAGAGAAAGAGACACGUUCCUCCCCCGAUGGUGAUGCAGAGUCCGACUUUGGCUUCUCACCAUUCCGGCAACAAGAUCUUGAACAAAUGAGAGGGCAAUCCGCAUCUUCAAGAGAUGAUGAAGGCUCCGCAGCUCUUUCAUCUAGUCCCUUUAGCGGCAGCUCGGUCUCUGGAAGCGAAGAUACAGGGGCACAGAGUUUGGCCGGCGAGGAUGAGGAUGGUCAAUCUUCAGGAUCCGAUGAUGGAUUCGAUGCUGAAAGUACAGCGAUGAGCAUGGAUGAUAUGACUUCUCGCUCUGUAGCAUCCAUGCAGUCGGAUGCAACCGCCAGCUCUAGCUCUAGCGCCAAACUUAACGAGGCACUGCGCCAAGCCGCGAGAGAAGCCGGGACCCAGAUCAUUGAUGAUGGAAACGGAGAUAUGUCCAUGGAAAUCGCCGAUGACGAAAUCACAGGCGCUUUCCAGCCCUGGAUAAAAAAGGGCCAAAGCUUCGACUGGGACGAGACCAGCUCUCGUAUUGGCCAAGAGAAUGUUGAUCCAUCCAAGGCCGCAUCGACCGGAGAUCAUGUCGAAUCGGAAGAAGACGAGGACGAAGAUCUAAGUAUGGAUGUGACCAAUGCUAUUGGUCGAAUUCUGGGGAAUGGCCGUCGACAAAGCGCUAUGCCUCGCAAGUCCCUAGGCCAGGAAACAACAUAUGACGAUCAAACAAUGGAGAUGACAACAAUGGUUGGAGGAAUUGCGCAAGGGGCCGCAACUUCUCAGUUCGACGAGGAUGGGAAUAACGAGGACGAAGAAAUGACCAUGGAGUUCACUGCAGCGGUUGGUGGCCUUUUGAACAGAUUGCCUCAUACAGCGCAAGAUCAAGAGCAACAGGCUUCAUCCACCCCGAAGUUAGACCGUAUGGAUUUUGAACAAGACAACGACUCUGACGGAGGUAUGGACAUGGAAAUGACGGGCGCAGUCGGUGGUAUUCUACCACCUGGGCUCCAAACUAAGAACAGGGAUCAGGCAAAGAUGCUCAUGGAGCUCGAGUCAGAUUCAGGGCAACUUGGUAGUUCACCUUUCCAAGAUCAUGUUCGACAAUCGCCGGCAAAGUCCCCCCUCUCGCACAUUGCCGCUGUGGCCUCUGAAAGUGGCAGCCCCAGCCUGACAAGCGUACGAUCACGACCAUCGCGACGCAGUUCUGUUGCAGGCACAAGUACCCCGGGAACUCCAGCAUCAGCUACCGGAAAACACCAUUCCUCGAAUAAGCCAUCGACACCCCCUAAACAGUCCACGCCUCAAGUUAAGCCUACUACGCCAGGCAAGACCCCCCCGUCUGCCAAUGUGAGCUUUAGAAGCGCAUCACCGAAGAAGCUGUUCCGACCUGAACUUCAGCAAUCUGCGGAAAGACGCAAGUCUCUCCGCAAAAGCAUAUUUGAACAGAAUAUGGCGACCGGACAGUCAACUCCCCGGAUUGUCUUGCAACCCCAAGAGGGCCGCCGCUCUUCGGGGCUUGGCAUUGACAAGGAAGGCCUUGGAUCCCCUCGUGUAGCAGCAAUGCUAGAUGAGCGCCCCUCACUUGGCGAAAGCACUCCGCAUUUCACUCCCCAGGAACCCGCACGAAGUGGUGUGCGCUUUGAGGAUCCAUUGAAAAUGCACGAGGAUGAAGACCGAGAACGCCAGCAGGAAGAGUUGAGAGAGGAUGGUCAUAUCCCACAAUCUCGAUCUGGGGAUGGCGACGUGACCUCUAAUUUACGGGAUAUGAUAUCAAGCAUGAGCCCGAAAAAGAGUAAGAUGGGAAGCCGAAAGAGUCUUCACGUCGGUGCCGCUCGUGGAAUUUUAGGCAAACGUCCUCUUGAGCUUGAUAUGGAUGACUCUGAAGUAGAAAACUCUCCCAAGAGACUUCGUGGUCGUGAUGUCAGUCCAGUCAAGGGUGUGAGGCUGCCAGCACCAACACUCGGUGAUGAGACAAGCCGCCGAUCAAUUCGAUCUCCCAUACGGAGAGCCCAGAGCUCCUCGCCUCUCAAAGGCAGCACUACUCCCACUUCGCUCUCUGAGCUUCAGACACCGACUAAGACAGGUGCAACACCACUGAAAGAAGGAGUUGAUGCCCUGCACCUGGCAUCUGAUCCUCAGCAGCCCGAGCCAGAAGAAGAGGAUGUUCCGUUCCAAGACGAAGACCCUGAUUUUGAGCCAAUUCAACUUCAGGAUUUCCUAAACAUGACUAACAUUCAUUUCAUGGAGCUCACAACGACCAAGAGAAGGCACACAACUGCCCCUGGAAGUGCUACAAAGCGACUUUCGAGACGAUCGGGCGAAAAUGUACCGAAGGCAGGCACGGUCACGUUUGACGACUGCGUAGUUGCUGGUUUCUGCACAGUACCUAUGCUUGAGUUGUACCAACACUCCUGCCGUGAAUUGAAGUCUUAUAUCUCUGAAGGUCGGCAGGUAAUUCGAUCAAUUGAGGCGGAAACCUACACCGAGAAUCCGCCUCUUUUCCGGGAGUAUGUCACCGCUCCUCCAGACAUUCGAGUCAUUAUGGAUAACCAGUUCCGAAAUGUCAAGACCCACGCACGACUGCUCAGCAAAGCCACAUGGUAUGAGUGGCGUAUGAAGCUUCUUGAGGGCCUGAUGCAAGGUCUUCACCGCCAUGUCGAUGAAAUGAAGGCCGAUGAUGAAUUUUUGUCCAAGCGCGAAGAACUUCUUGGUAGUACCGUACCUCCCCUUGUGGAGAAGAACAUGUUGCUGGAAAAUGAAGCAAACAACCUACAGCAGUUGGUGGAAGAGAUGGAGAACUGCGAUCAGGAUGAGCUACGGGCAGCGCGCGAAAAGUUGUCCAACGUUGAGGAUGAGAUUGAAGCCAAGAAAAGGAAGCUUCAGCAGCUGCAGAGUGAGGUCCAAGAGAAGACUGCCUCCAUCGAAGCUUGCACAGAAAUGCGUGACGAAUACAUGGCACAAUUCCAGGAAGCUGAGAGGGUCAAGGAAGAAUGUCGAGGUUGGAGUGCUCGAGACAUCAGCGAUCUCAAAGCUUCUGUGCACCAAAUCGAGCGUCAGACUGGAUGGUCUAUUGUCUCUGCAUCAAUACCGACUGAAUCCAGUGAUCCCAUGUUGACCAUGUCUUACCGAGGCCAGCUACAGAUCAAAUUUCAUCCCGGAGCAUUCGCCACCAAGAAUUCAACCAGCACCGAGAAAACCAACCUUCCUCUUGAGUUGACACUCUCAAAGAGUAAGGCUAUAUCUCCCAUCGCAUCGUUGGUUCUACAAUCUCUGCAGCAACAUCUAGCGACGGUUCAACAAUCCAAAGCUGCGCCCAAACACCUCCUCCGCUUCAUAUCUACGGCAUGGGACCGAACUCUUGGCCUCGAAAACGAGGCCCGCAUGCUCGAGUUCUGCGGCGUUACUCGUCUCACCCUUCUAGAUCCAAAGGGUAGCCUCUCUCUCCGCGCCCGCUGUACACUUCUUGCCACAGUCCCUUCUACACCGGCCCGUAAAGAGGCCGCUACAAAGAAAAUUGAGGCGAAGCGAAUCGACGUUGACUUCAUUGUACGCACACGCGUCAACCCCGACAGCAACGACGCGCAAAGUAUUGGCUCCUUGGAUUUUGAUAUGGAUACCACUGCGACUAAGGUCUAUGGAUUCGGCCCCAAGAAUAAGUCUGGUUUGCCCGACAAAGAGAUGCAGAGUAUUCUAGGCCAGGGACUUGACAAUGGCGAGGCGGGAUCUCUAGGGAAUGGAGUGUGGUGCAAGGCGGUCCAGAAGCUUACAGGGUCUGUGUUUUAA